AUGAAAUCUCGAAGCGUCUUUCUUCUUCCUGUGGCAUUAUUAAUCUUACUGUUGGGAUCGAAAACGACUACAAUUUCCGUUUCGAAGGGUUGCAGUAGCAAUAAGGAAAGCUCUCUAUCAUGUUUUGACCACUUGCAAAGAGCAGACAACCAAUAUGUGCAAUGGCAACGAGUAAAUGAAAAACCCACUGAUCGAAAGAAGAAGGCCUUGGCUACGCGCUGCCCAAAAUUAUCUUGGGAACAUGAUACUCAUGAUUCUUCUUGUGAGGUGAAUCCAUUUGAUCCACGGUCAUUCCUUUCGACCUUUCGUGGAAGAACGCUUGUGUUUGCCGGCGACAGCAUGUCAUUUCACCACUGCAAGGAUCUUCAAGAUGCCUUGAAAGGCCCAGGACAUGGAUCUUCACAGGUCAAUAGUACUUAUAGUUCUGACCCAGUCCGAAAGGGAAUACUGCAUGGCUGUCAAGAGUUUAAGAAUGGUGUUCUGAUAUGCUGUUCUUGGUUGGCUUUUUCAAAUGCUACGAAGGAACGGCACUGGGCGAAUCUAAAACUGUUUUCAGCAACAAAUGGAAUCGCCGUAAAUGUCCUGGAUCCUUCUGAUCUAAUGGUAUGGAAUACUGGCAUUCAUCACACUUCUCAUUUUGCAGGAACGAUUGAUGACAUGACAAGUUUAAUAAACAACACACUUUCCGAUUGGAAGACAAGCAAAUCUCUAGCUUCUGUUCCCACUCUUUGGUGGAAGGAGUCCUAUGCUCAGCACUUCAAAAAGGGGCACUGGGAUAGUUGGUCGGAUGUCCAAAGGUACAAGACGGCGAAGUACAAGAACCUGAAGAGACAGUGCUAUGACAUUUCCAAAAUGUCAGUUGAGAAUGAAACUGGAAUCUACAACGAAGCAGCCGAACCAGUUGUCAGGUCCUUCGGCGUUCCCAUUUUGCGGGUGUACAAAGCUUCUAUCCCUCCACAGGCAACACUUUAA